GCCGCGUGCUGGGCUGCCUCACACACACGUGGGGUCGCCCAGGAGCUCGGUGCGUAGCCACUCGUGCGUGAACACACGCGUGUGAACACGCGUGUGCAGCACGCCAGGCUCAGAAGGGCACACACGGUGCCCGUAGGCAGCUGCACAUCACGGACACGGGACACAGACAGACAUGCGUGUGCAGGACACACAGACACACGCGUGUGCCUUUACCGGCCGUAGCACCCCCUCGUGCCUUUGCCCACCUUGUUCCUGCCACUUCCAGAAGCUUUUUGGGACGGACGGGGAGCUGGAGGACGAGGAUUUCCUCUCCGCUGUGGAAGAUGCAGAGAAUCAGUUUGUGAUCCCCGGGCAUUCCUCAUCCAGCAUCGUCCCGGUUCUUCCCAGUAAAGCCCAUCCCAGUAAAGCCCCCACCCUCCGGCCCCUCCCCGGGCAGGGCGAGCAUCCCGUGGGAUUAAGGGAUCCCCCAUGCUGGGGAGCAGCCCCCCAGGAUGAGCUGGACAAUGACCUUUUCCUGGCUGCCUGCAGGGAGCUGGAGGGGCCCCAAGGGCCGGUGGUGUCCCCGGUGCCCCCCGAGCACAGCCAGAAGCCGCCAUGGAAGUGCCCAGGGAAGGAGAACACUCAGGAAUGUGGGAUCCCUAAAAAGCUUAGGGUGGGAGAGGAGCUGGUCCCCGGCUCCAGGCAGCUGCAGGACAGGCAGGGCCCCCUCCCCAGUCCCAAACUGGUGCUGCGGCCCAGCACAGCCGGUGCCUGUGCCCCCAGACCUCCCCCUUCCCUGGGAGAGCCAGGGAGCUCUGGAGGGUCCGUGCCUGCUCCAGGGGCUCCAUUCCUGAGGCCUGGCCAAGCAUGCCUAGGGGGGGUCAGCUCCUCGGUGCCCUGCACCCCCCCAGCACAGAGCUGCCCCCAGCCCCAGCUGCCCCCCAGACCCCCCUCGGGCCCCCCCAGCUCUGUGGAGUCUCUGAGGCCUCUGCUCCAGCAGCCCCCCGGCCCCCCAAAACCCCCCACGGCUCCCAACGCUCCUGGACCCCCAAAGCCCCCCGUGGUCACCAACCACCUGGUGCAGCUGGUGACAGCAGCCAGCAAAGCCCCCGGCAGCCUCCCCCGAGCCCCCCUGCGCAGGGAGAGCCGGCGAUUCCCGGGGCCAGCUGGGCUCCUGCCCCAGCAGCGCUCUGGGAAGCUGCUGGAGGAGAUCCUGGUGUCUGCUCCCCAAACUCCAGCUCACGGGGCUGUGGCAAAGCCACGGGCUCAGGCACUGCCCAGCUCCCCACUGCCCUCGGAGGAGGAUUUCGGGAAGGGGCCCUGGCUGGCCAUGAAGACGGAGCUGGGACUGGAUGAGAGGGACCCUGGCUGCUUCCUCCACACCUACAGCGUGGUCAUGGUGCUCCGCAAGGCAGCCUUGAAGCAGCUCCCAAAAAACAAAGUCCCCAGCAUGGCUGUGAUGAUCAAGACCCUGACUAAGAGCAGCGCCGGCGCCAGCGCCGUGUUCCGGGACCCCACAGGGGAGAUGCAGGGCACGCUGCACCGGCUGCUGCUGGAGCAGAGGCAGAGCGAGCUCCGCGCCGGCUCCGUGCUGCUCCUGAGGCAGGUCGGGGUCUUCUCCCCCUCCCACCGCAACCACUACCUCAACGUGACCCCCAACAACCUCCUCCGGAUCUUCCUGCCUGAGCCCGAGGGCUGCUCCCCCCUCCAGGUCCCUGCCCAGGCUGAGCUGAUCCCAGAACCCCCCACGCAGCCCCCCCAGGGUGUCCCUGUUCCUGAGGACUGGGGACAGUCGAGGACAGGCGGACACAGUGCAGAGCAGCAUCCUGGGGGCUUCUCCCUGUGCCCACCGAGCUGGGAAGAGCCGGUGGGAGCUGAUGGAUGUGACGAUGUGAUGAUGGAUGACCUGGAUGGGCUCCUGGGAGAGCUGCCCGAGGAUUUCUUCUCAGCACCAGCACAGGUUGACUGUGGCUGAGGCCAGCAGCUGCUGCCGAGGGUGACGGUGCCAAGGAGCAGGUGACACACCUGCCACCCACCUGCUUCUCUGUGUGUGUCUGUGGUGUUUGUUGUGGAGCUGGGAUCUGGGCAGGCCCAGAGGGGACACAGCCUCAGCGCUGUCCCCACUGCUUUGGGCACACUGGCCCCUCUCACUCCCAAGCCUGCAUUAAAGGGCUGUUUUGUUUCUGCA